AUGGCCAUGAAACACUUCCUGUCCGAAGAUAAGCCGUCUAGUCUGUUCCCUCCUGUGUCCAUACAUCUUGGCAGCCUAUCCACGAAAUUCGAUGACGACAAAAAAGCAUAUGAUGAUGUCGAAGAGGAAGAGGUAGUUGAGGUGGUUCCCAAAGAGGAGGAGGAGGAGGAGGAGAAAAUAAUUACAGUUCCUGUCCAGACGGGUGCAAACCCCAUUGAAAAAACAUUAGGAAAAUAUAUGAAAAUGAAAACGAAAAUUACCGAUAUGCGAAUGAAAACCAGGAGAUACCGGAUGAAGAUGAUGUACAAGAAGUACAAAGCAAAGAUGUUGGCAAACAUGAAGAAGUAUAAAAUGAUGCCAAAAAAAUUUAUUCCGGAUAUUUUUGUGCCACAACCUUUUGAUUUGUAUCCUCCUCCCGUGUAUCCACCUCCUAUUUAUUAUAAUUUCACACCAGAAUUCAUACCUCAACCUCAACCACUGCCACCAGUAUUUCCACCUCCACAACUACCGCCACCACAACCACCAAUACCUCCAUUCCCACCUUUUCCAAGACCUCCACAGCCACCACGACCUCCCAUGUUUCCUCGACCUCCCAGACCUCCUAGACCUCCUCAGAUACCUAGGCCUCCUAUUGGCAGGAAUCCAGAAGACUACGAGGUAGGGUCACCAUUUGACUACGAGGAAGGCUCUACUGAAGCGCGUUUCAAAAAUAAGCCGAAAGGUGCUAAAGGUCCUAAAGGUGCCAAAGGUCCUAAAGGUAACAUAUUCCAGACAUACAAGGAGGAAAAGAGGACUUGGCUAAGCCAGAAGAUGACCUCCAUGAAAGAGUACAUGGAAAAAAUGAAGAACUACCGGCUCGAGAAGAUGAAGCUGAAACUUGCCAUGAAGUACAAACCCAAGUACUAUCCUGUGCCGGUGCCCGUGCCAGUGACGAAAUAUACGAAAUAUGAACCUGAAUAUUACGAGAAAGAGUAUGAUGUCACUUAUGAAGAAGAUGACGAUUAUGAAACGGAGAAAGCCUACGAAAAAGACAUGCGCAAAGACAAAUAUUACAAAUUUGAUGACGAUGAAUAUGACGAUUACGAAUACGAUGAAGAGUAUGAUUUAUGA